AUGAACUCUCCAGGCCAAAAUAGUGAUGAAGACUUCAUCACUUCUAUCAAUUAUCACAAGCAAGAUGAUCUAGAAGAAAGUAAAGAUGAAUUAUCAGUGGGUCUUCAGAAAUAUAGCACUGAUGAGAGUAGUGACAACUCAACAGACUCUGGAACAGGAAGUAAUCUCUCUACAAUCCCAGACAAAUCAGAAUAUUUCUCUUCCAAAGUUUCGUAUCAAAGAAGAGCAUUAAUUAGGAAGAGUAUAUCUCUACAACUUAGACAAAUUGGAACAAAUGUAUGACAACUAUUGACUCCAAUCAUUUCUCUUUUGUUGAUAAUACUGUUGAAGAGUAUUGCUCAGUCUAGACUUUCUGAAUCUAUGAAUGCUCCUAUUUAUAGUGGGUUGCCAUAUAUUUUCAAUAUUCCUCUUGUUCCAGUAGGCCAACUUGGGCUUCUCUUCAAUCUAUCAAACUGUGAUCAGUGGUACAUGUAUGGCUUUCAAGAUGACGUAGACCAAGAGACAAGAGACUUUUUUGGAUAUAACAAAGGUACUCCAAUCUUUGAUCCAGAGUCUAAAGGAAUUCUUGAUGGAGACAAGAAUGUUCUUCAGACAGCUUGACCAAGUUCUGAAAGAGCUACUCCAUAUUUCAAAGAAAAGAAUGCAAGUGAGACUAUCAAUCAAUAUUUAUUCAACACACUAGAGCAUUUGAACACUCAAAAGAUCAAUUAUAAGGAUAUGGAUAGCGAAGUUCCUGAUAUUUGGAUGCUUCCUGAUGGCGCAUUUAAUGUUUAUAAAGCUAAUGAGUCAAGACUGGAAUAUAACGUUCAAGUAAAUGACCUCAGAUAUAUUCAAUACCAUAGAAACAAUGGGGUUACGAAAUUGGGGAUACAAAAUCCUCUUUCUAAUAAGACAAGUUAUUUCAUAAAUGCUGUUCAGGGUCAAAUUUCAGCAGUUGAUCUAAUGAACAAAGCUUAUAUAUCGAAACUCUUCCCAAAUACCUUUAUUUAUAGUGGAGUUCAAAUAAUGCCUAUUUCUUUUUCAUUCGACCAAGAGAUUAUGAAGGUUAUAAACAUGCUCGGAGGAGGCUUGUUUCCCAUAUCCCUUUGCCUCAUGCUGCCUGUGUUCAUCUACAAUAUUGUUCUCGAGAAAGAGCAAAAACUUGUUGAGAUCAUGAAAAUGAAUGGUCUAAGGAUGCGCAAUUAUUGGAUUAUCACAUUUAUCUUCAACUUCAUCCUCUACUUCAUCACUUGCUUUGUGUUCAUCAUGUUUGGACGAUUUGUUCUAGGAUUAACAUUCUUUUAUGAAACUAGCUAUCUUGUUCUGAUAAUAUUCCUAUUGGGAUGGGGAUUAUCUCAGAUAUCAUUGGGAUUUUUCUUUUCUGCAUUUUUACGUACAGCUCAAACAGCCUCGAUGCUAGGAUAUCUAAUAUCUAUUUGGGUAACAUUAGUUGCGGUAUCUCUCAACAUUACUCUAUUUGCUCCUCCCCAAGAAGUCUCGUGGUGGCUUCUUCUCUAUCCAACCUUCCCUUACACUAGGUUCUUUUUUGAGAUAUCCACUGCCUGAGGUUUGUCUUCAUGAAUUCGUAGUUUUAAUGACUUAAGUCCUGAGGCUACCAGAUGACUUUGGAUUCUGUAUGUAGAAGCUGCAGUGUUUAUGAUUUUUGCUUUCUACUUUCAACAAGUGAUCCCACAAGAUUAUGGAGUGCCCAAACAUCCAUUAUUUUGCUGCAGAGCUCUCAAAUAUAAAAAGAAAUCAUCCAUAACGACACGGGAGAAAAUUGAAUUUCUAAAUAGACAAGAAAGUGAUUUAAAAAACAUUGCUGAUGAUUCAGAAUUAGCCCAGUUAGAGGAUGAUGAUGCAAAGAAGGAGAGAAAGACUGUGUAUGAACUCCCUGAGGAAGAUUAUUAUAAGUACCCAUUGAUUGUCAAAGACAUCAGGAAGGUAUAUCCAGGGAUAGACGGAAGACCACCCAAAGUUGCUACAAAAAAAUUUUGACUGAAAAUUAAGAAAGGCGAAGUUUUCGGACUUUUGGGUCCCAAUGGAGCUGGUAAAACUACUCUAAUUUCAAUGCUGACCGGACUUUACAGGCCAGAUUCAGGAAAUGCUUGGACAGCAGGUUUUGACAUUAAAAAUAAUUUGGAACAAAUUCAGCUCCAAAUGGGAGUGUGACCUCAAUUUGAUAUUCUCUGGCCUGAUCUUACUGUACAAGAACACCUUUUAUUCUAUGCCAGACUCAAAGGGAUCUCUCCCAAAGAAGAGUCCAGCAUGGUCAAAGAAGCGAUGCAAGAUGUGUUCCUCGAGAAGUUUGCCAAGUUCAAAGUCAACCAGUUGUCUGGAGGAAUGAAGAGGAGGCUCUCCGUAGCCAUCAGUUUGGUUGGAGACCCCAAAAUUGUGUAUCUAGACGAGCCUUCGACAGGGCUGGACCCUGAGAACAGGAGGCAAUUGUGGGAUAUUCUGAGCGGCAUCAAAGGAAAGAGAUCGUUGGUAAUCACGACCCACUCGAUGGAAGAAGCUGAUGUUCUGUGCCAACGAAUUGGAAUAGUUUCAGAUGGUGUUUUGAGAUGAGUAGGACCACAAGUUAGACUAAAAACUCUGUAUGGCGGAGGAUAUCACUUGUUUGUAAAUUGACAUAAAUCUAAAUACUUAAGAGAAUUGAAGCGUGAAGCAAAAAGGAGAGCUAAAGCUUCUAGCCAUAAUACGACUAGAGAAGAAAGCAAAAUUAAAAUGGAAAUCAAUAAAACAUAUGAUUUGAAUCAAAUCCAUUUAAGGUUAAAAGAAUUCAUCCAAGAAACCGUUCCAAACGUAUAUCUAUUACAAGAAUUUAAUGGCAACUUCACUUUCCAAAUUCCUAUUGAAGGCUUUAAUGCUGAAAAACUAUUCUUAGAAAUGGAGAGCAACAAAGAAGAUCUCAUGGUUUCUGAUUGGGGAAUUUCUCAAUGUACUUUGGAUGAUGUAUUCACAAAGAUUUGCACUCCAAAAGAAAACUAACUAAGUUCUGUUCACUUUCUAUCUA